AUGAUUGUACAUUACAUUAUAUUACUGGUGUGGUCGCUACUAGUAUUAGCCAGUACCAGCAACGACGCACAAUACAAUCAAGCUAUCGUUGAAUUAGAAAAACUUGCAGGAAAUUUCACAAGACCUAAGUUGUACAAUAUUGACAAUAUAGAGGGAAACUUGUACAUACCACAAUUUGAUCAAUUGACAAAUGACUAUAAAUCAACACAAAAGAAGCCACAACCACCGCCAGAAUUGACUAAAAGCAUUAUCCCCCUUUUGAAGAAAUCUGCAUCAGAAUCCCGUAAUGUCAAUGCAUUAGUAACUUUGGGAGACCUCUAUUUGUUUGGAAAUUACUCAUUGACUCCAGACUAUUACAUGGCAAAAAAGUAUUAUCAAGAGGCAAUAAGUUUGGCUCCGAAUGGUCAUGCUUAUUUCAUGUUAGGUUACAUAUAUUCUACGGGAUUAUUUGGAACAUUCCCCAUAGACCAGAAACGAGGUGUUUUAUACUAUCAGUUUGCAGCGGAAAAUGGAGACAGAAAUGCCCAAAUGGUCAUGGCGUACAAGAAUUUCAAAGGACUAGGAGUGCCGACAGAUUGUGAGUUGGCAUUGGAAUAUUAUACUGAUUUAGCAGAACAAGGGAAAGAUUGGAUGUCAAAGAAUGAUGCUAAUGGCCAAGUGGACUAUAAUAUUAGAAUAUCUGAUUUUAAUGGUGGGUUAUAUGGAGAGAAAAUGAGUGAAUCCACUUCUACCAUUGAAAUUAGGUCGAAAUAUUUCAAAGACCUCCGAAACACUUUUGAGGAAUACAAGUUGACUGCCAAUGAACAUGAAUAUGCGACUUUGUUUUAUGAUGCAUUGGAAAGUUAUAAAGGCGAUUAUUUUGUACCCAAAAACUUAACCAAGGCUUUCACCACCUUUCAAGAAUGUGUUGCUUUGGGAGAAGAAAUCUAUGGUGCCUCCGAUUAUAAAAAUAUUGAUGGAAUAGACAAAAUCUUUUUAAGUUCGUGUCAAUCGAAAUUAGGAAGAAUGUAUUUGCAAGGUAUGGGUGUAUCUCAAGAUACCAGGAAAGCUAAACAAAUGUUAGAUCGUUCAUUGAAAGUACAAGCUACCCCUGAAGCAUUGGGCCUUUUGGGUUUCAUUGAAGAACAAGGAUUAUUGGGCGAGCCUAAUGUCUCAAAAGCAAUUGAUUAUUAUGUAGCUGCUGUAAAGAAAAAAUCCCCUGAAGCUAAUAGAAACUUGGCCAAGUUGUUGAUGAGAUUAAAUGGCGGCGACCCUCAUACCAGUGAGCAUCACAAGGAAAUUUACACCUACAUGAAAGAUGCAGUGUAUUACCGAGAUACGGAGGCUCUUUACUAUAUGGGAAGUUUUCUACAAUCUGGUUUAUCGAAAAUUGCCGACUCGAAAAAUGACAUUUCCUGUCCUAACAUAGUAAUGUACUACCGUGUUUUCCUAGAAAGGUUAUCUUCCUUUUAUGCCCCACAUUUGAAAUUUGCUUUCGAAGAGUUGAUUGCUGGGAAUUAUCAAAACGCUCUUAUUGGCUAUCUGAUAGCAGCAGAGCAUGGGUUUGAAGAAGCUCAAAUAUCAACUGCGUACUUGUUGUAUCAACUACAACCAUUAUAUUCCAAGCAACCACCAAAGACUUUCCCGCCUGAAAGAGUUGAAAUGGCUGUACUCUAUCUUGAAAGAGCAUCAAAACAAUCAAAUGUGGACGCUACUAUUUUACUUGGUGAUUUAUACUCAGGUCAAGCAGGCGCUUCUCAUAUUACGCCAGACUUUGAUCGAGCAUUCAAUUAUUAUCGAACAGCCGCGGAAAGAGAAUCAUCGCAUGGCGCUUAUAAACUUGCCGAAAUGUAUGAGUAUGGAAUUGGACCAGCAAACAACUCAGUUGACUACUUUAUGGCAAAACGUUAUUACGACUUUAGUCUAAAAUACAAUGAAAUACUCAAUCAUGCAAAACUGGAAUCGUCAUCUCAAUUCAUUUCUAGUAAAACACAUAUUGACUGGGCAUUAUUGAGAUUGCGUUUGAAAUAUUUGUUUAAUAGACUGGCAUUCAAGCAGUCAGGGAAUUCUGAUGGCGGUUGGCUAAGUGCAUUUAAAAAAGUGGGUAAUAGGGUGUCCAACGAAGUUCCUCAAGAUUCAAAUAGCAUAUCAAGAGCGAAUGCUCAUCAUGAAGGUGAUACAUACAAUGACGAUUUGAUUGAACAAUACGAUAUUGGAGACUAUUUGGUAAUUGCUAUGACGUUCAUAUUUUUCUUUGUGUUUUUUGUACAAAACAUUUUAAGACAGUUUCGAAGAAUGAGAAACGGUCAAAGGAGAGAUGAAGCAGAUAACAACAAUAACAAUAAUGGUGAUGACAAUGAUGACAAUCAAGGGCAAAAUGGGUGGAACGGCAAUCAGUUCCAUUUCAGAAGAGGAAAUUUUGAGUUUCAUUUCUUUGCGAUAUAG